AUGUCAACCCGCCGCUAUCGUUCUGCCAUCGCCUGUCAAACUUGCCGAGUGCGCAAGGUUCGAUGCAGCGUUUCUAUGACGGGAGUUCCCUGUAUAAGCUGUGAACAGGAUCAAACAGAAUGCGUCUUGAAGCCAAGACAAGGCAAAAGGUUCCGGCAGAGCACCACCGUGUUUCCGGCGCCCCGUCACUAUGCUGCAAGCUCGGCUUUGCCAAAUACCACUAGCCAAAGCAAUCAAGAGCCAAGAAAUCUGACUCCGGAUUCCAGCCCAAAGAGUGAUGUUGGGGAACCACGCGGUUCUCGGUCAUCUUUAGAUACGCCUGAUACCCGGGCUUCGGCUGUAUCUAGUGAGCGAAGUAUUGCUGCUGACGAAGAACGAAUUGGUGUUGAAAUGAUAGAGGUAGCUCUGGGACAUCCACGAAGAGCAGGUCAGGUACCAUACUACAUUGGUGAACAAACCGGGGGCCCAACAUCUAUUAUGCAUAUAUGCACAACGGAUCAUGCUAUUCCUAGACAUCUUCUUCUGCCAGAAGGAAAACAAAUCGUAUUAACGGAAGAUGACAGAGCUUUUUUUCGCAGUAAAGGUGUCUAUUCUUUCUUGUCAGACGCAACCAUGGAUAGCUUGAUACGAGCGUACUUUCACCAUGUCCACCCAAUCAUGCCAGUCUUGGAGGCAGAUAAGCUCCUGGAACACCACCGCUCUAAGCGAUUACAUGAGUACAAUUUGAUAUUGCUGUGGUCACUUUGUUCUAUAUCCUGCAAUUAUGUACCUCCCGAGAUAUAUGAAGCCGAAGGAUUUGCAUCUCGAAAAGCCAUGAAAUCCGAAAUGUAUUCUCGUGCAGCCUGCAUAUACAACAAUGGUGGUGAAAAGAACAACUUUAUUCUCCUACAGGGAGCACUGCUAUUAGGCUUUUGGAAUUCUGAAAAAGAAGACCAUAUGCAACCGUGGCAUUGGAGCGGCCGAGCAAUCAAUCUAUGCCAAGUACUUGGGCUCCACCGCGAUAUUGAUUCCGUCGGAUACAACCUGUCUAUAACCGAACGGCAGCGUUCCCUAUUUCGUAGAUUAUGGUGGACUUCCUUUUGGCGUGACCGCUGGCUUGCUAUGGCCCUUGGAAGACCUCUCCGAAUCAACUUGGACGAAUCUGACACCCCGGAUCCAUUAGUGUCAGAUAUGGCGGCAGAUCUGGAAGGCAUUCCGGAAUCCACAACUUCGGCUUUCCUGCCGAGGGACUUGCCGCAAUUGGCGGAAUACUGGGUCCAGCUUAUACACAUGACAAAAUUGCUUGGCAAGACACUCACAACAUGCUAUCAGCUCCGACGCCCAAGACCAACCCUUAGCAAAAUUGACUCCCUAGAGGCGGAAAUACUACAGUUUGCUUUACCAGACUACCCGGAUCCCAACCUAUCUCGGCUCGCAACGUUCUAUUAUUACCAUCUACAGCUGCAUUAUCAAUCCAUUUUAAUUACGUGCUAUCGACCGUAUAGUAUAGAAACUCCUUCAGAUCUCCCUCCGUACCGACAGAGAGAAUGGCAACUGGAAAUGCAAGCAAAGGCAAUGUCUGCUGCUUCAAAAACUUGUAACAUCGUAUAUUCUCUCGCCCAGGGCAAUUACUUUUCCUAUGCAGGGCCAAUGACGCCAACCCUAUUGGUUCCAGCUAUGCAAGUAUAUCUGCUCAACUGUAAAUUUGGCGACGCCUUAUCAAGACGCCUCGGGCUGAACAUGCUAAACAUGUGCAUGAUGAUUUUGGAGGAGCUGCAAAAAACCUACUCAGUCGCCUCAGUUUGCCGAGGUAUAUUCGGCAAGGCUAUACAGCAGCUUUUCCCAGAUGACGCCGCGAGCAUUUCUUUAUUCCACUCUCUCCCCGAACCGAAUAUCGUUGCCAUUCCCGAGCCGAUGCCCCCUACUAUGGCUAUUGCAGAUACUCCUCUUCAACUCGAGCUAUUUGGCUCGAAUGCUUCCAAGGCUGAAUUUAUCGACGCUCUUACUGCAGAGCCAUCUAUUUUUAGCUUUGUGGAUAUGCUUAACUUAUAGUGGAUUCUACAAUUGCAUCGCUCAUUCGAACCAUGCUAUAACGCAAAGCUGGAC